AUUAUAUUGUUGGGCGCUGGGGCUGUUGUGAACGCUUUCGAAUUCAUAAAACGUCUUGGUUUCAUGCUAGAGAGUCGUUGAGAUGUGUUUAUAAACGACAAGAAGAUCAGUUACGGCUUGAACUUGACCGAGUGAAGAAGUGCACUGUGAAUCGUGUGAUACAGAAAACGUUAAUUUUUUCAAGAGAAAAAAAAACAAUUCAAAUUUUUCAAAGUAAUUUUUUGUCGUUAUCAAAACAAGCAACAGCAGCAAAAGAUGUGGUCGUUUAAAUGCAUCACAUUUGUGUGGUGUUUGAUGUUGGUAUCAAGCGCUUGGACAUUGCCAACAGCAAAGAUCGACAAUGAAUUGGACGCACAAAAACCGGAGCAGAUAAUAGCGGUGGAUGUGAUUCAAAUGCCAGCCGAUGAAAAGCCAAAUGAUAACUCAAAGCCAAGUGAAAUGGCGGUCGAUCCAAAGCCAAUCGAAGUGAAACCUACGGAGCAAACAAAACCAAAUGAAGCACCAUCAGCGUCAUCAGCACCAACCACAACGAUUUUGGAAACGAUUCCAUUGAGUGUAGGACCACCGCGCCGUCAAUUCCUCUACGAUCAAAGACAAGAUGGAAAAUACAAUAUUCGUGCUGAUUUGGAGAAUUUCGUCAUUUUAGUUGUGCCAUCCAGUGGAAAUUCAUUGUUGGAUCUUUUGAAACGGUCGGGUCAACGUCAACCACAGCAACAUCAUAACAAACGCCAGCAUCACACCAAACAUCAUAAAAAAUAUCAUACAGCAUCCGCGAGCAAAUCAGUUGAAGUAAAAAAAGCGUCAAAUCGUUUGGAUUACUUGAAUCGACCAGAGGGUGAAGCUGAAACUCCUGCCGUCGGUGAAUUCAUUGAAGGACGUACACCAUAUCAUGUCGAUAUUCAAUCAGAUGAAAUUUUGCAACCAGCUGCAUAUGCUACGGGCGGUGUUCGUUCGAUUGCUGACCUUCCAUUGAUCAAUUUAGAUGAAAAUAUUGCAUCAUCCACAUCAGGUGCAUCUGAUCCGACUAUUGUAACAGUUACAGAUUCCUCCUCUCCACGCUUGCCAAAAUCUAUAACAAACGGUGGUUACGGCAAUCCAUUUAGCAACGGUUUAAAUACGGUUAUACUAACACCAAAUAUCAAAUCCUACGGCAAUGAUUACCAUGACAAUAAACCAAGUAAAAAUUAUAACAAUUAUUUUAGCCGAAAGAAUAGUGUACAGAUUGUAGAUAGAAAUCCAAAUUUGGGUGUAAAUGAGCGACAAAAUGAUAAUUAUAAUAAUGGAUAUGGAAAUGAUAUGGUUGUCGCGACCAAAUUAAUAAAUUCACCAACAACAACCAUCACCUCCGAUUCGAUCGAUUUAACUGAUUCAAAAACUUCGUUUAACAGUUUAAAUGUAGGUAAUAUUGAUCGUUUGGCUCUAGCAGGUGAUAGCACAAGAAAAACAGACGCUGACCUGGCAAAUGCACAAUGGGAACUCACACUAUUGGGUGCCGAAGAGCAAUGCGGUCCAGAUCGACGUCGUGAUAGCUAUGGUGUAUGUCAAUUUGUGCCAGCUGACUAUGCAACUACAUAAAGUUUAUUUAUUGCAUUUUUUUUAAUCAAAUGUUUAAAAUUAAGAGAGAAAUGUGUGUGGUUUUUUUUUCUUUUUAAAUGAAGAGAAAAAAAAACAUUCACAAAAAUUAAUAGUUAUUUAUUAUGUUAUGCUGCGUUGAUUUUCGACAAAUUGUAUGCACAACAUUUCUUUUUAUCUCGAUUUAGAGCUAGAGCAAACAAAUGAUAAUUUUAGUUGUAAUUAUAUCCAUGUAAUUUAAGUUGGUAAAAUAUAAUUUGAAAAAGAAAGAAAAAGCUGUGAGAAACUGCGUCUAAAAUA